AUGUGUAACCAACUCUCUCUUGUACCUCCUACCCCGCAGGGGACUUGGCCCUAUCUCAGUCGUCGUGCUAAACUGGGCUACACCAAAGGCGUUUCGCAGGCCGGAAUGCGGAAUUGGAACACGGCUGGUGGUGCGGAUAAACCUGUGACGGCACGUAACAAAAAAGCCGUUAUUUUCGUGCCGUCCAAGCUCGAUUCGUGUGGCUCCGUUGGACAACCCUCUGCUGGCUUGGCUGCUAUUAGGGGGAGUGGACCCAGAGUUCCCACUCCACCUUGGCUCGCAGCCGAUGACGAAGUGGAAGAAGAUGCUUCUACCAUCACUGGCAGUUCUUCCAGCCCUUGCCGUAGUAAGGGGUGUGAAAGCAAUCAUCCGGGACUCGGUUACUUUGCGCCUGAGUUGUGUGAAAUAUCACCUAUGAAUGAAGUCCGUACGUUCUGCUCGCUUCAAUCGACUUCUCCCCCUCCACCUCGAGUUAUACUUGGAUGCGUCGCCUCUCCUUAGUCUCUCUG